AUGGAGACCGAACUGCACUGUGAAGCCUGUCGUGAGAUCAUAGAGGAACAUGUUAAAAGAUAUAAAGGAGUGCUUGCUGUGAAUACCAAUAUGGGGAGCGGUAUGGCGAGCGAUACAUUGAGAGUUUUAGGGUUUUUGGACCCAUACAACAUUCGGGAUUAUGUAACACAAAAAUUUGGUAAGUGGGUUGAGAUUCUCUCGGUGAAGACGGUGGACGACGCCGUCGCCGCCCGGGUCGCUGAGUUGAAAGAAUUGCAGUUGGGGUCUUCAACUGCGGUGCUGACGACUCGUUUAGGCGGUGAAGGCUGCAUGGAGAAUGUCAAGCAGAUUCUUCUCGACGUUAAUGGGGUAAAGGCGGUACAUAUCGAUGGCGGUAAUGGGUUGGUAAUCGUUGAAGGGACAAUGGACGUUAAUACAUUACCAUUGCACCUCAAGGACAAGCUCAAACAUAACAUUGAGGUUUUUCAAAUGGAGAUUGGCAGCAACAACAACAGUGGCUAUAAAAACAAUAGUAAUAGCGAGGAGGGAGGCAGUGACAGAAUCCUUGGAGAGGAGAAGGAGAAUCACGACACAGAGAAUUCCGAUACACUCAAUAUUAGGCCUUCCACACCUGCUCCUAUUGAUUCUUCUCCAGCUACUGAUCCUGCACCUACACCUUAG